CAUGGGCAAGCGCAAGCAUGGCGCGGCCUUUGACGCGCGGGCCAUGAAGCAGCUGAAGGGCAACAAGAUGGACAAGCGCUCCAAGACGCAGGCAACGACGCAGCUGUACACGCCUGCGGAUCGCAUCCUCGUGCUCGGCGACGGCGACUUCUCGUUCUCCAAGGGACUCGUGGCCCAUCGCGGCGGCUCUGGCGUCAACCUCGUUGCAACGUCGUACGACUCGACGAGCGAAGUGCGCAAGAAGUACCCGAACGCGGCCGCCUGCAUCCAGUCGAUCACGCAGGCCAAAGCGCAUGUGCUGCACGGCGUCGACGCCACGAAGCUCUCGAAGCUGCCGCACUCGGACGCCGUGCCGGCGCUCUUUGAUUACAUCAUCUUCAACUUUCCGCACAGCGGCGAGCAGCGCGUCCAUAUCAACCGCGCGCUCCUCCUCGACUUUUUCGAGAGCGCGCGGCCCAAGCUCGCGCUUCGUGGCGAAGCGCACGUCACGCUCAAGACCAAGCCGCCGUACUCCAACUGGCUCGUCGAGGACCAAGCGCGGGCCAACGGCUUCGUCGUCAAGGAGCGCCGGCCGUUCCGCAUGCAGCUCUUCCCAGGCUACAACCACCGCACGACCGAGCCGGAUGCAAAGAAGUUUGAACCCGACCAGUGCGUCACCUACGUCUUCAUCGUCGACCGCUCGCGCUUUCCCGUCAUGACCGACCUGCCGCCCAAGACCAACGACGCGUCGAAGGUGGCUACCGUGGCAACCACAAACAAGACACCAAUGUCCAAGGCCGUCGAGAAGCCCAAGGCAGUCGAGAAGACCAAGGCCGUCGAGAAGCCCAAGGCAGUCGAGAAGCUUAAAAAGGCAGACAAGCCCAAGGCGGUGACCAAAUCCACUGCGACGCCAACCAAGGCGCCCGUUGCUGCCAAGACCUCGUUGCCGUCGUCCGUGCAGGACGACAUCCGGGCCUUGAUUCUUGCCAAGCUCGCAGAGAAGACAAAGACCACCUAAUCAACUGCAUCCAGUACUCCAACACGAUAACGCAUGUCAACCCGUAGCAUUCAUAUUACCUA